UAUCGCAAGAACGACAAAAUAGCAAUCUGGCAACCCUGGCGCCACUGCAUUGUUUUUGACGAGGAAACUUCUUGACUUUGCGGCGGAAAAGCGUGGAAAAGCGUAGGAAAAACGAUCGCACCACCGCAGCCAGCGAUCAAAAGGCAAACAACAAGUGUGCCCGUGUGCGUGUGGCCAAGCUUAAUAGCCGGCCGGCAAUAUUUGGUUAAUAAAUUUAGCGCCCGAACACGAUCCCCCCAUUCGUGCCGUUGACCAAAUGUGGUAAAAAUAGCCGAAUAAAGCCACCAAAAGUUGUUGUCGCCGAAAUUCAGCUGGCAAUUUAGCAAAAGCAUCCGCAACCGAAUCAAUAAAUCAUCGAACAUCCCACUUAUCGGGUGUAUAUCCUAGCCUAGAGAGUAGUUUUACGAAAAAAAAAAAACACCGCCACCGCUACCGCUACCGCCGCCAUGUCGAAACGUCCGCGACCCAUGCCCAUUUCCAUUUCCAAAGAGCCGGAACAAACCAUUGUACCGCCGCGUAAUCUGGAUUCCCGGGCAACCAUUCAAAUUGGCGAACAAACCUUCGACAUUGAGGCCGACAGCCUGGAGAAGAUCUGCGAUUUGGGCCGUGGCGCCUAUGGGAUCGUUGAGAAGAUGCGACAUCGCCAAACCGACACAGUUCUGGCCGUCAAGCGCAUCCCCAUGACCGUGAAUAUACGGGAACAGCAUCGCCUCGUCAUGGACCUGGACAUAUCGAUGCGUUCCAGCGACUGCCCCUAUACGGUUCAUUUCUAUGGUGCCAUGUACAGGGAGGGCGAUGUCUGGAUCUGUAUGGAGGUGAUGGACACCAGCCUGGACAAGUUCUAUCCGAAGGUCUUCCUCCACGACCUGUGCAUGGAGGAGAGUGUGCUGGGCAAGAUUGCCAUGAGCGUGGUGAGUGCCCUGCAUUAUCUGCAUGCCCACUUGCGGGUCAUCCAUCGGGAUGUGAAGCCCUCCAACAUAUUGAUUAAUCGCGCCGGCCAGGUCAAGAUCUGUGACUUUGGCAUCUCAGGCUACCUCGUGGACUCCAUUGCCAAGACCAUUGAUGCUGGAUGCAAGCCCUAUAUGGCACCGGAACGCAUCGAUCCCCAGGGUAAUCCGGCGCAGUACGACAUCCGCUCGGACGUUUGGUCCCUCGGCAUAAGCAUGAUUGAAAUGGCAACGGGCCGCUUCCCCUACGAUAACUGGCGGACGCCCUUCGAGCAACUGCGUCAGGUGGUUGAGGAGGAUCCCCCACGCCUGCCGGCUGGCAAAUUUUCACCAGAAUUCGAGGACUUCAUCGCCGUCAGCCUGCAGAAGGAGUACAAGGCGAGACCCAACUACGAGCAGCUGCUCAGGCACAGCUUUAUUGUGGAUCAUCUGCAGCGGAACACGGACAUUUCCGAGUUUGUAUCCCGGAUACUGGACGCGCCAGAUGCGCCGGUGGCAGCGCAGUAGUAGGAUUCGUUGCACGACCAUUAGAAUCCACUUCUCUCCACCGUGCCCCUGUAAAUUGCCGCCGCCGUCUUCUUCUAAAAAAAAAAAACAAAAAACAACUAAAAAAUGCAUGCAUUUCGUAGAUGUGUGUGUCAGUGUGUGUAUGUGUUUUUCGUCCUUGUCUCCUCGUAGAAAAGCAAAAAAUGAAAAUGAAAUCCAAACCAGCAACAAAAAGCAAAUCUUAAGCCUCUAAAACUGAAAAACUGAAAAUGCAUAAUUAUUAAUUUAAGUAAAAAGCUAAAAAAAACUUGCAAAGCUAUAAAAAAUAAUCAAGAGAUUGAAGAGAAAACAAGAAAAAAGAAAAAGAAACCGAACCGUGCCUCCUAGCUGGCGAUGCUGCUGUCUUGAAAUCAUAAUAAUUAAAAAUAUAUAGCAUAGAGAUGGAAAGCAGAAGAAUACAAAAAUGAAUGUAAAAACUUACUAAACUAAAAAUUAAAAACAAACAAAAAAUAUACAUAUAUAUAUAUAUACGAUAAAAUGUAAAACCUUUUGAAAACCAAAAUAGCCGAA